UCAGUGACUUAUAACAGGGCUGUGGCAGACAUUCUGACACUGGGGGGAACUGACUUGGUGUCACUGACAUCCCCAGUGACACCAAUACAGUGAUCAGUGCUAAAAAAAAAAGCACUGACACUGUACUAUUGGCACUGGGCAGGAAGGGGUUAACAUGAGGAGAGAUCAAAGGGUUAACUGUGGGGCUGUGUCAGUGUGCUUCACUGUAAGCACACUGCUUUGGAUAGUUGUGCUGUCCACAGCUAUCCAAAGCAGUGUGCCCGAUCUGACAGGGAGGAGAACUGUCAGCAAGCAAAACAGUCUUCCUCCUCAUUGGAGAUGCUCCGUAAUC